UCGCCCCUCCCCGCCGGACCGCCGGUCGCCCCUCCUCGUCUCGCCGGUCGCCCCCUCCCCAUCUGGCCAAGCUGCUCGACCCGCUGUGGCUCCAUCCCCCCUGCACGCCUCGCUCUGCUCCGCCUCCAUCUCCAAUUCCCCAUGGACGCCGAAGAGGAAUCACGCAAAAGGGCACGCAUAGAGGCAAAUAUUCCUGAAAUCUUUGAUCUAGAAAAUGUUGUUGGGGAUCCUGGACUUCGUAGACCAAUUGAGGAAUUUGGUACCCCUGAAAUCAGAGAUAAAAUGAGAUGGCAUAUUUAUCGAGAGGCCGCAAUCGUUUAAUUGGUCAUAAUUUUCCCAAAGGUCCCGAUAGGCGGUCAUUUCUAGAUGCAUGGUAUGCUAAGUAUGAUUGGUUAGAGUAUAGUGUUGAGAAAAAGGCUGCAUUUUGUUUCCAUUGUUUUCUUUUCAAAUCUUCAAGCAAUAGUAACCACUUUGGAUAUGAUGUUUUCACAAAGACGGGGUUUUCAAAUUGGAAGAAAGCCUCGGAAAUCUUCAAGACUCAUAUAGGUGGACCAAGUAGCAUUCACAACAAUGCAAGAAAUAGUUGUGAAGAUUUCCGAAAUAAGAAGCAAAGUGUGGCAUAUGCUAUUGUUUCUCAUGAAGAACAAUCACAUAUUAAAUAUGAGAUUCGUUUGAGGGCUGUUUUGGGUGUUGUCAGAUUUCUACUUGAACAAGGUCUAGCUUUCCGUGGGCACGACGAGUCUAGCACUUCAUUGAACAAGGGCAAUUUCCGUGAGUUGUUGGAUUGGUAUGGUGCAAGAUGCAAGGAUGUAGCCGAUGUGAUUAAUGAGAAUGCUCCUGGCAAUUGUCAAUUGACAUCUCCUGAAAUCCAAAAAGAUAUAGUGCAAGCAUGUGCAGAAGAGGUUACACAAGUCAUUAUGAGCGAGCUCGGAAAUUCUGGUUUCUCUCUACUUGUUGAUGAGUCUCGUGAUGUAUCGGUUAAAGAGCAAAUGGCCGUGAUGGUGAGAUUUGUGAACCAAAAAGGAGAGAUCAUGGAAAGAUUGCUUGGUGUUGAUCAUGUUCUUGAUACUAGAUCGGCUUCUUUGAAAAGUAAUCUAGAUGCAAUGUUUCUUAAACAUAAUUUGUCAAUGUCUAGAUUAAGAGGUCAAGGAUAUGAUGGUGCCUCUAAUAUGCGGGGUGAGCUACAUGGUUUGAAAACAUUGAUAUUGGCUGACAACCCUCAUGCUUUUUAUGUGCAUUGUUUUGCCCACCAACUUCAAUUGGUUGUUGUGGCGGUUGUGAAAAAUGUUCUGCCAGUUGGUCAGUUCUUUGGUCACUUGAACAAGAUUGUUCUUAUGGUGAGUGCCUCUUGUAGAAAGAAAGAUGCAUUGUUGCAAGCGCAUCAUGACCGUAUGGUAGCACAGCUAGAGAGUGGGGAGAUCUCAUCGGGUAGAGGCCAAAAUCAAGAGACAAGUUUAACAAGACCAGGUGAUACUCGAUGGGGAUCACACCAUAAAACUCUAGUUCGUAUUCAACUAAUGUGGGAUUCAGUCAUUGAAGCGCUAUGCAGUGUUUCUCAUGAUGGGACAGAUGCCGAGGAGAAAGGUGUGGCUUCAGGUUAUAUCAUAUACAUGGAAAUCUUUGAAUUUGUUAUUAUCUUGCAUUUGAUGAUUCGACUGCUUGGUUUAACCAAUGGUUUGUCAAACGCAUUGCAAUCCAAAGAUCAGAAUAUAGUGAGCGCCAUGAAUAUGAUUGUCUCAGUGAAAAAUGCAUUGCAGAAAUUGAGAGAUGAUGGAUGGGGGCCUCUAUUGCUUGCUGCUACUAAGUUCUGUGGUGGAAGAAAUAUUACAAUACCGAAUAUGGAUGAUAACAUUGCAGCUAGGGGUUAUCCAAGGAGCUCACGCAAGAUGGUUACUUGCUUGCAUCAUUACAAGGUAGAAAUCUUCAAUGAGGUGCUUGAUAGAAACAUAGUUGAGAUGAAUCAUAGAUUUUCUGAAGCUUCUACACGCCUAUUAUUGUGCACUGCAUGCCUUGAUCCUAGAGACUCAUUCAGCAACUUUGAUAAUGAUAUGCUAGUUGAGCUUGCAACCAUGUACUCUGCUGAUUUCUCUUCAUAUGAUUGUUCUCUAUUGGUUGAUGAACUGGACAUAUAUGUUGAUGUGAUGAAGAGAAGUUCUGAUUUCAUAGCUUGUGACAGUUUGAGUGAUCUUGCUCUCAAGUUAGUUCAGAAGAGAUACCAUGAGACCUUUCCAUUGGUAUACCGCCUUAUUACACUUGCUUUGACACUACCUGUGGCAACAGCAUCAGUUGAGAGGGUUUUCUCGGCGAUGAAUAUUAUAAAAUCAUCUCUUCGGAACAAGAUAGGGGAUGAUUGACUCAAUGAUUUGAUGAUUUGCUAUGUUGAGAAAGAUAUAUUUGCCAAAAUUGACGACAAGAAGAUUAUGCUACGUUUCCAUUCCUACAACAACCGUAGAGGUCAUCUUCCUCGGGGCUUUCGUCUUCCAAGCUUAGAUGCAACUUAAUGGUAUGAUACUAUCUUAUCAAAAUGUAGCUCUAUUUUGUUGUUCUUCUUCUUUAUAGUCAUUUUGUUGUUGUACUUGAUGAAAUAUGCAAAUUGAAUCUAUUUGGACCUCUUUUGUUGAAUACAUUUUC